AUGGCAUCAAAUAGCAUGAAAAACACAGCAAUCCGUACUCUCCGUACAAAAUUAUCGUCAACCAAACCUACAUUCUCACCCAUUCUCGCAAAUCGUGGUAUUACCGGCACAACCAGAAAAUCAACCUCUUUUGAAUCAACCACUUCUAGUCAACAACCAAGUACCCCUUUCUUACCACGAGAUUUCGUAGGCAAAUUUCCCGUCUCAUUCUUCAAACCAACAAUCUCAGCCAGCACAUCCUCUUUCGAUACACUAGUCAACUCCCUCACGCAUUCUCUCACCACAACCUCCUCUCCGCAUCUUCCAACUCUCACCUCUUUACUUAACAAUUAUAAUACCUCAUCAGAUAUCACAGGCUGGCAAAAAUACGCGCACGCAAAUCCAAAUAAACAAUACACGAGAAAUUUGGUAGCAGAAGUAGAGGGUAUAUUUAAUUUGUUGUUGUUGGUUUGGACUCCUGGAAAAGAAAGUAAAGUUCAUGAUCAUGCUGCGAGUCAUUGUUUGAUGAAGAUUAUAAAAGGGAGUUUGAAGGAGACAAGAUGGGUUACUCCCGUUGAUGGGGUGAGGAGGGAUGGUGAGGAAAUGGAGGUUGAGGGGGUGAGGGAAUAUAGGAAUGGAAAGGUGGCUUAUAUGUGUGAUGAUUUGGGUCUUCACUCUAUCGCCAACCCUAGCGCAACUGAAUAUGCUAUUUCUCUACACUUAUACACACCCCCCAACGCCGCAAUGCACGGCUGCCACAUUUUCGAUCCAUCAACAGGUAUUAAAACUCACGUUAGACCUGGCGCUUAUGAUUCUGUGAAGGGAGUUAUUGAUCCUCUUGCUUAG